AGAAAGUAGCGCUAAAAAGUGAACAAGUCUCCCGGCCCUUCUUCUCCCAAAAGACUCGAGCUUCCCUCGCAAGCUGCUACAUCCUCUCUCUCUCUCUCUCUCUCCGUGUCUUCCGAUGGCUCGGAACAAGGAAGCAUUGGUGUUGUUGCUUGAUGUAGGACCAUCGAUGCACCAUCUUCUCCCUGAGGUUGAAAAAAUCUGCUCAAUGAUAGUACAGAAGAAGUUAGUUUACAGCAAGUAUGAUGAAGUUGGGGUUGUCCUGUUUGGAACUGAAGAGACUACAAAUGAGUUGACAAUGGAAGUGGGUGGCUAUGAACAUGUCGUCGUUCUACAAAAUAUUAAAGUUGUUGAUGGAGAUCUUGUUGAAACUUUGAGGCAAAUUCCUCGAGGGACUGUACCUGGUGAUUUUCUUGAUGCAAUUGUGGUUGGGAUGGAUAUGCUGAUAAAGAAAUAUAGUUCGACAAACAAGGGGAAGAAACGACUGUGUCUAAUGACUAAUGGUUUAUCUCCAAUCAAGGAUCCAUACGAGGGUAGUAAAGAAGACCAGGUCAAUGCCAUUGCCGAGCAAAUGACUUCACAUGGCAUGAAGUUGGAAUGCGUAGUUGUGAGGGAAAGUGUAGUCCGUGGUGAAAAUGUAUCUGUGAUGGAGGAAAAUGAUCGGAUAUUGAAUCUGUUUCCACAGAAAUCCUGCGCAAAGACCAUCUUCGUUGAGAGCUCGACCUCUUUACUAGGUGCACUUAAAACUCGAAAUAUAUCCCCUGUUACAAUAUUUAGAGGGGAUCUUGAAAUCAGCCCCAAACUCAAGAUAAAGGUAUGGGUUUACAAGAAAACAUCGGAGGAGAAAUUUCCAACUUUGAAGAAAUAUUCAGAUAAAGCACCUUCAACUGAUAAAUUUGCCUCUCAUGAAGUCAAGGUAGAUUAUGAGUACAAAAGUGUUGAAGAUGCUAAUAAAGUUGCCCCAGAACAAAGGAUUAAAGGUUAUCGAUAUGGACCUCAAGUAGUUCCAAUAUCUGCUGAUGAAUGGGAUGCUGUGAAAUUCAAGCCUGAAAAGAGUGUGAAGCUUUUGGGAUUUACAGAUUCUUCAAAUAUCAUGAGGCACCAUUACAUGAAGGAUGUAAACAUUUUCAUCGCUGAUCCUGGUGACCAGAAUGCCAUUGUUGCAGUUUCUGCUUUAGCUAGAGCAAUGAAGGAAAUGCAUAAAGUAGCCAUUCUACGCUGUGUGUGGAGGCAAGGGCAAGGAAAUGUUGUUGUGGGGGUUUUGACACCAAAUGUUUCUGACAAUGAUCACGUGCCCGAUUCAUUUUAUUUCAAUAUACUUCCUUUUGCUGAGGAUGUUCGGGAAUUUCAAUUCCCCUCUUUCAGCAAUCUUCCAGCCUCAUUACUGCCAGAUGAAGAGCAACAGGAGGCUGCAGAUAACUUUGUGAAAAUGCUGGAUCUCACACCUUCUGAUAGAAAGGAAAUGUUGCAGCCUGAUUUUACACCGAAUCCUGUUUUGGAGCGUUUCUACAAUUAUCUUGAGUUGAAGUCUAAGCACCCAGAUGCAGCUGUCCCGCCACUUGAUAAAACUCUCAAGAGAAUAACUGAACCUGAUCCAGAACUUCUUGCCCAAAAAAAAUCUGCCAUCGAUUCACUUCUUAGACAUUUUGAAGUGAAGGAAAAGCCUAAGCUGAAGAAAUCGACAAGGCGAAUGCGAGAGAAACCGUCUGGAUCUGACGAUGAAGACAACUACAGACGCAUUUCCAGCAAAACCGAAGUCGAACUCAUUGAAAACGGUGGCAAAGUUGAGAAAAUUGGAGAUUCGACACCAGUCCAAGAUUUCGAAGCGAUGAUGUCACGCAGGGACAACCCCGAAUGGGUCAAUAGAGCUAUAACGGAAAUGAAAAACAAGAUACAUGACCUGAUUGAGGACUCUUAUGAAGGAGAUAAUUAUGCUAAAGCACUGGAUUUACUGGUUGCCCUUCGCAAGGGUUGCAUCCUUGAGCAAGAACCGAAGCAGUUCAAUGAUUUCUUGCACCAGCUCUGCAAAUUCUGCCUGCAAAACGAUCUGCGGAGUUUCUGCGAUUUCCUUGCCACCAAAGGGAUCACAUUGAUCUCCAAGACCGAAGCUGCAGACAGCGACGUCACAGAGGAAGAGGCUAGAAGCUUUUUGGUGAAAAGUGAGCCAAAGCCAGAAUGAGAAUUUAGUUUCGUCUCUUCAAUGGUCAUGACAAGUAGUUUCAAUCCUGUGAUCUUGUCGAUCAUUAUUGUAAAUAGACGGCGCCAGGAUCAUAUUUAGCUGUAUGAUGUUUUGCUGUUUGUACAGUUUGUUCUGCCUGUGCUAAAUCUCAAGGGUGAUGGAGUCUGCUGGUACUUUAAAUUGUGUAAUCAAGUUGAACAUUCUUUCAGCCC